AUGGAAGGUGAAAAGGAAGCCCUGGAAGGGAAAGAGGUCAAGUACUUUGAUCUGUACCCAGAAAGGUCAUACAAGGAGGGAUCUGCAGCCCAGACCCACUUCCGUCUGGCAGAGUCUCAGUUUUAUAGGCUGCUAAAUACCGGAAUGACGGAAUGUCGAGAAAGCUUAAAAAAGAAGCAUGGGGAGGAGUUUUCCUACCCUGUGUUGGCGUUUCACGGCACAAUGGAGACGAAUAUCAAGCCUAUAUGUGAGACUGGAUUCAAAAUACCUGGGGACAACGUCCAUGCGCAUCGUACAGACACUGGCUGGUAUGGAAAGGGUGUCUACUUCAGUGAAUACCCCGCCUACUCUAUGGGUUACAUCAAGGGCGCAACCCAACUGCUGCUCUGUCAAGUUCUACAGGGCAAAAAAGAGCUUGUCAUCUUCAACAAGUAUCACAUUCUGCCCCAGUACAUCGUCCACUAUCAGCAGAAUGCUGGAGAAUUCAAAUACACUCACAGCAGAAGGCAAGAAAGGGAAGGGAAGAAGAAGAGAGGAAAGCUUAGGAUAGACGAAUUAACAGACACUGAGAUGUUAAAAAACAAGCAUGACCAGGCUGUGGCCAUGCCUUCAUCAAGCACAUUGGAUGGAUACAAUAUUCAGUUCACAGGGACUUUCCAGAACACCCAGGCCGGUAUGACGGCCCUGGUCAAAUCACAUGGCGCAACAAUAGGUUAG